AUUUUGGGAAAAAGGCCUGAUUGUAGAGAGAGAGAGAUGGGGCAGUGCUUUGCUUGCUUGGACGAAGGCAAGAAGGAGCAGGGGAAAGAAGAAGAAAGAUUGGCCUCCGCAGAAGCCCGUGCCAAAGCUGCCGAAGCUGCCCAAAGACGGCAAGAGCAGUUCGAGAAGUCUGCGGCCGGAAGAGCUGCACGUGCACAGCAACAGGCGGCCGCAAAGCAAGCAGCGAACUCUAAUAGAGGCGAACCAGUUUUAAAGUGGCAAAUGGGAUAAGGAUAAGCAUGGUAUCUGUCCUACAGCUGUUUAUAGUAAGUUGAAUGUCUCGCAUAUAUAUGCAUGAUGCAUGUACGCUAUUAGGAAAUCUCAUUGAUAAUAUGUGAAAGCGCUGAAGCACUGUACUGCAUUAGUGGUUGUGCUAAAAAUAUUUGGUGGCCCGUGUCCUUCCUGAAGACACAAUGUCACUGUUUCCUUGUAUCUGAGAUUUUCUCAGUCAGGAAAAAAAAAAAAAAAAAAAAAAAAAACCCAUUUGUGCACCAUUCACAAACAGGUUUUCAUGAAAUUAGUCAAUUACAUGGUAUUGGGGGAGUGAUACUGUUUGAUAUACUUGGGACUUUGUUCUUUUACUUAUCAGACAUCAUCUGUGUUGUGUGUAUACCCUGUAUUGCUAGCAUCCAAGGAAAAUUUUGUUAUCAAACUUUGUGUUAUAUUUCUUAUAAAGAUAUUUUUAU